AUGCUCUGGGCCCUCCUUGUCGCGGUUCUCGUCGGCGUGAAGGAUUGUGUCGUUCUCGCCGCCCCCGACCGCGGUGAUCUCCCACCGGUCCGGACGUACCACGGCUUGUCCGACACAUCCACCCCCCUCAGCUCAAGUGCCUACCUCGUACCCUCCAAUGUGCCUCGAAGCAUACCACACACAGCAUCAUCUUCAGCGGACUCCCCCAAACCCCUCCCAUGUGCCUUCACCAUCGACUUCCCCGCGCCGCCCCUCCGCUUCGACCUAUGUCCCCUCCUCGGUGGCACAGACCCGCUAACGAUCACAUCGCACGAAGAGACGCCGCCGACGCAUACGGACUACACAUACACAGUGGGCCGCGGCGCGCCUGUGCAGCGCGAUCGGACGAUGCCUGAUGAGCUGCAGUGCGCGGAAGGGACAUGGGUAUGCUUGCAAGUCAUCAACUCGCGUCCAAACCAUCCAUCCGAACCGCCACGCGUACUGCAAGUCGUACCGGUCGCUGGCGAGCCGGGCCUACGCCCGACCGCGAAGCGCGUCCAGCGCAAACUCAGAGACUCGGACACCGAAGUAGACGCCCUCCGCGUCGUCCUCCACGGCGGUAGCUACACCUCGCGCUCCCAGAAAGCCGUCUUCGACUUCAUCUGCGCGAGCGAGACAACCCCGCCCACCCUCUCCUGGACUUUUAAUGGCACGCACGCCUUCGAAUGGUCUUCCGAGCACGCCUGCGGGAAGGCCGUCGUGCCUACCACUCCGCCUCCAUCUACCUCUGAGCCACCUUCACCCACGGGUCCGGGCGACGACGGGGAUACCGAGAACCCACCCUCCGAUCCCGAAUCGCCAGAUCAAGGGCACGGCGACAUAAAUCGCCCCGCGCCUUCGCCUACACACCCGCUCCUGCGUCUCGCCUUCAUCGCUGGCGGCCUCUUCUUCCUCUACUACGCCUUCCGCACCUUACUGCCGAAGCUACACACCGCUAUGCUCCGGAGGAAGGCAAGGCGGACGCGCGGCAGCGGGGUGCUGCCCGCGUCACGCUUCGCGGGGCUUGUGCCGGCGCAGUUCGUCCGGCGAGCUGGAUACGAGCCGCUUUUCGACGCGGGCGAUCUGGAAGACGAGGAAACGCGAAACAUCGGCGAAGCCGCGGAUCUGGAGAGUAGAUCGGGGGCGAGGGCUCAUGGCGGAGGUGAAGACAGGAGAUUAGGACCGAGUGCAUAUGGCGACGCUUACCAGGACGAAGCGAGCCCUCUGAGCGCGACAUUCCCGGCGAGGGGAGCAUAUGGAGCGGCGAGAUAG